GAACAAAUUUUGAAAAUAAGGUAUGGUGGGAUGUAUGGAAACGGAUUAUAUGGUGGACAGUAUGGUCCUGUUGGUGGAGAUAGCAGCUUUGCUAGACUAGCUGAGGAAUCAUCACGAGGCGCUUUUCAAUCUAUUGAAGCAGUUGUUAAUGCAGUAACAUCCGUUGCCAAUAUGCUCAGCUCUACUCAUAAUGCUGUGUACAGCUCCUUUAGAGCUGUAAUUGGCGUUGUGGAACAGCUGUCAAGAUUGAAAUUACAGUUGACGUCAGUAAUCUUAUCUCUGUCACUGUUCAAAUUCAUACAAAAACUUUGGCGAUACAUGCUGGUUUUGCUUCGUUUGAAGCCGGCAAACUACGCCAGCGCCGCCGAGCUGGCCUGGGGCGAUGCUAAACAGCCUUUUGGUAUGGUGGGAUGUAUGGAAACGGAUUAUAUGUAUGGUCCUGUUGGUGGAGACAGCAGCUUUGCUAGACUAGCUGAGGAAUCAUCACGAGGCGCUUUUCAAUCUAUUGAAGCAGUUGUUAAUGCAGUAACAUCCGUUGCCAAUAUGCUCAGCUCUACUCAUAAUGCUGUGUACAGCUCCUUUAGAGCUGUAAUUGGCGUUGUGGAACAGCUGUCAAGAUUGAAAUUACAGUUGACGUCAGUAAUCUUAUCUCUGUCACUGUUCAAAUUCAUACAAAAACUUUGGCGAUAUUUGCUGGUUUUGCUUCGCUUGAAGCCGGCAAACUACGCCAGCGCUGCCGAGCUGGCCUGGGGUGAUGCUAAACAGCCUUUUGGUUCUGAUGUACUUGCUGGUCCUGGUCCUCCUGCAAUAAAUUGGCCCUCUGUUAUGUUUUGGAUGGUGGCACUCGGGGGCCCGUGGCUGAUCUACAAGGCUAUUUCACAAAUGGUCAAAACCGUCGAGGAAAGGAGGAAAUGGGCAACUGGGACAGGUGCUCACUACACAGCUCAAGCUCUCUUUGAUUUUCAAGCCGCUAACGACCAAGAGCUUUCAUUCAUGAAUGGAGAAACUCUUCGAAUUGCACCAAAAGAGGAACAACCUCGUGUUCGAGGAUGGCUAUUAGCCAGUUCUCAAGAGGGUGACCGAGUUGGACUCGUACCUAUCAACUACGUAAGGAUAGUUGGUCGAAAAUCCGAGUCGCCUCCUCUUCGCGACCCUGUUGACAACUUUUCGAGUUUUGAAAAGGCUUUCGGAACUAUGUAA